AUGACGUUGAAUCUAUCUAGAGUGAGUGAAACAUACUUCAAUAAAUUAUUCGAAACAAAGGUUUCUCCUCAAUCAACGGAAAUCAAAGCAAGGGUGCUUUUGGUGGAUAAACAUACAACCCCAAUCAUAUCUAUGUCCUAUACACAAUCACAAUUACUUCAAAAUGAUAUUGUUCUUGUAGAAAUGAUCGAGAAUCAAAGUAAUUUAAACGUUAUGAAGCAUCUUAAUUGCAUUGUUUAUAUCAAACCUACUCAGGAUUCUAUAAGGAGUUUGAUUAAAGAACUAAAAAGUCCACAUUUUAACAAAUACGAGUUGUUUACUAAUAACACUUUGAACAAAAACCAGUUGGAAGGGCUUGCAGAAGCAGAUGAAUUUGAAGCAAUAAGUCAAGUUCUUGAAAUAUUUCAAGAUUAUUUAAUUGUGAACAACAAUUUAUUUACAAUCAAUAUAUCCAGCGGUCAGAACACUAUAAUGGAAGAAUCAAAUAGCUUAGCCAGUUUAUUAUUAUCAUUGAAGAAAUGUCCGAUAAUCAAGUAUGAAUCCAAUUCGAUUGAAUUGAAGAAAUUGAGUUCAGAAAUAUUAUACAACAUUAAUUCAAACUCUAACAACAAUUUGUUUGAAGACUUGAAUAAGAAUUCUGAUGUGCCCCCAAUAUUAUUAUUACUCGAUCGUAAAAAUGACCCAAUAACUCCUUUGAUUCUUCCAUGGACAUAUCAAUCGAUGAUACAUGAAUUAAUUGGUAUUAAUAAGAACAUGGUGGAAGUGGAAGAAUCCCAGGAACCUAUAAUCUUAUCUGAAUCUCAAGACCCCUUCUUUAAGCAAUCCAUGUAUUUGAACUACGGUGACUUGACUGAUAAAUUCCAGGAAUAUGUUGAAGAAUACAAGAAGCAAACAAAACAAUCAUCUAUAGAAAACUUGAAAACACAAAAUCUUUCAGAAUUGAAAAAGGUAUUAACUAAAUUUCCCGAAUUCAAAAAGCUCCUGAACAACAUAUUGAAGCAUUUGAACUUAAUUAGUGAGUUAGAUACCCAGAUUUCACGUCAAAGUCUUUGGGAAGUCAGUGAAUUACAGCAAACGAUUAUCUGUAAUUUAGAAAACCAACAAGUUAUCAAGACCAGAUUAUUAGAAAUCUUAGACAGAGCGACAAUUUCUACUGAAAAUAAAAUAAAAUUGGUGUUGUUAUACUCCGUCAAAUUCAGUCAAAAUGAUAAUGAUUUAGCUGUGUUUUUGAAUAAAUUUCAUGACCCUGCUAUCACUAAUCCGGUACCAACAGUGUCACAAAUGUCAUUGAUGAAAAAUUUCAACAAACAAUUCAAUAAAACUCCAAUAUCAACCAACAAUAACAACAGUAAUAAUAUUGGUAAAAUUUUUAAUAAUAAGAAAAUAAGUAUUAACCUGUUAUUCAACAAUUCGACUAAUAACAGUACCACGAACAAUAUUUACAUGCAAUAUAUUCCAAAAUUAAAUGAACUAUUGAAUGAAUUAAUAAAUCAGAGCCAGAAUCAUUCAACCCAAUUUCAUUUAUCUACAUUAGUUCCUGAUAUAGUUACUAAGCAAUAUGGGAAUGUAGGUGAUUCAGUACAAGAUAUCAUAGUCUACGUCAAGGGGGGAAUUACGUUUGAAGAGUCAAGAUUGAUUCAUGACUUAAGUUUGUCAAACAAUAAGAUUAAUUUGAUUAUUGGUAGCGAUACUAUCUUGAAUAGUGAAAGAUGGUUAAAUAAAAUGUAUGAUGAUAUUAAUGAAACCCAUACGAAUCAAACCAAUACAGCUGAUCAUGGAUUGAGAACUAAACAAUUAAGAGACAUUUUAUAA